AUGUCGUUUCAGCUUAUUCACAGCGGAAUGAACCCCAAAUUGAAGAGGCCAUCUAUCUUCAAAAGCUGGAACGGGCUCGAAUCUAAGUUUCGAGGCAAGAUUUCGAAAAAAUCAUGCUCUAAACUUCUGAAAAAGUUCCCCGGGAUAGCAAAAUAUAAAAUAUGCACCGCCUAG